AUGGCGGAGGCGGCGGCGGCGCUGGACGGGGCUCGCUCGGAGCGAGGCCCGGUGCGGCGGGCGCUGGCCGCGGUGCUGCCCGGCUCGGCGCGGCGGCGGACACGGAGCGGGGCGCGGAGUGCCGGGCGGCCACCGGCCUCAUUCCUCUCCCCGGGCAGCUUCCAGCCGGCGGCGGAGCCUCUGGGAACCACCGUGCUGCACGCAGCCGUCAGCACCCGCCCGCAGCCGCUGCCAGCUCGGUACUUCGACACCGGCACCACGGAGCCCAUCAGCUUUUUCCUGUCCGGCCUUGAGGAGCUGCUGGCCUGGCAGCCCAACAGCGAUGAUGACUUCAACAUCUGUGCGGUGCCGCUGGCCCAGCGUCAACCCCCACUGCACAGCCAGAGAUCCCGCACGCUGCUGUGUCACGACAUGCGUGGUGGAUACCUGGAGGACAGGUUCAUCCAGGGCUCAGCCACACGCAACCCGUACGUCUUCUACCACUGGCGCUACAUCGACAUCUUCGUCUACUUCAGCCACCACACUGUCACCAUCCCACCUGUGUGCUGGACCAACGCGGCACACAGGAACGGCGUCCCGGUGCUGGGCACUUUCAUCACGGAGUGGACGGACGGUGAGAAGCUGUGCGAGGCAUUCCUGGCGGGUGGGGAGGAGGCGUACCGUGCCGUGAGCCACCAGCUGGCCCGCAUCGCCCAACACUACCGCUUUGAUGGCUGGCUGAUCAACAUGGAGAAUGCACUGAGCGCGGCGGCGGUGGGGAACUUGUCCCCCUUCCUGCGGCAUCUGACUGCGCAGGUGCACGGCGCGGUGCCGGGAGGGCUGGUGAUUUGGUAUGACAGCAUCGUGGAGAGUGGCACGCUGAGAUGGCAGAAUGAGCUGAAUGAGCAGAAUAGGUUGUUCUUUGAUGCCUGUGAUGGGCUGUUUGUCAACUACAACUGGAAGGAGGAGCACCUGGAGCGCACACGUGAGCUGGCUGGGCAGCGCCACGCUGACGUCUACAUUGGUGUCGAUGUCUUUGCUCGUGGGGACGUGGUUGGCGGUGGCUUUGACACCAACAAGUCACUCAGCCUGAUCCGCAAGCACGGCCUGUCUGCAGCCAUCUUUGCUCCUGGCUGGGUCUACGAACACCUGGGAGAGGAGAACUUCCUGCAGAACGAGAACAAGUUCUGGGGCUUGCUGGAAGACUACCUGCCCACGCACAGCAUUUGCACGCUGCCCCUCGCCACCUCCUUCAGUGUGGGAAUGGGCACUGGCAUGUUCCUCGCUGGGAAGGAGGAAGAGGCCGGGCCAUGGUACAACCUGAGCGCCCAGGAGAUCCAACCCCUUUAUCCAGAGCGCCGGGGCCAACUGAGUACCAGCUGCUGCCUGCAGGAUGCCUGGUGUGGGGGCAGCUCCCUGCGGGUGCAGGGCACCAUCCCUCCCGGCGAGGAGCGCGUGGCCAUCCGCCUUUUCUCUUUCCAGAUGCAUGCACCUCCCAAGCUCUUCCUGAACCUGCUCUACAAGAUGGAGGGGCCACACGGGGAUGACUUCACGGUUGCCCUGGAGCUCACCACCUGGCACUCGAGCAGAUGCCAUGACAGCACUGUCACUGUGCUGCCGAGUGAGGACGAGCCCCACAGCCUCCACCACCCCCGUCUUCUCCCAGCCCCACCACCUGCCCUCUCCAGGCUACUUGCUGCCUGCAGUCACGGUGCCCAGGGCUGGACCAGCCGGUGCUACGAGCAGGAGCUGCAGGGCUGCAGCCUGCGCGACCUCUCCCUGCUGGUGUCCAGAAAACAGGCCAGCUCACAGGAGACGAGCUUCAGCUGUCUCCUGGGGGAGCUCCGGGUGCUGGAUGCGGGCAGCAUGGCAGCCUCUCCACCGCAGGUGCAGAGCCUGACAGCCUCGCAGCUCUGGUGGCAGGAUGGCCCCAACGUUGAGCAGCUCUCCCUCAGCCUCACGUUGCGCUGGGCCUUUCCCCCCAGGCGGGCUGCCUGCUUCCGCGUGCUCAGCCAGGGCACACGGUGCCACCGGGCGCAGCCGCCGCAGCCGCAGCUCCUGGGGCUGGCACAUGGCUGCCAGUACCGUGCGGUGGGGCUGGCGGUGCCACGGCCUGCAACCGGGCAGUCGUGCCAGCUGGAGCUGCUGGUGGAGCCGGUGCUGCCCAGCGAGCUGCCAGUGGGCCCGGAGCAAUGGGGCCGGCUGCUGCUGGUGUACUCUGAGCCGGCUGGUGGCAGCAACCGAGCUGGGCAUUAAAGGUGAAUGUGGCACAGCCCUGACUCCGUGUGUCCCCUGCACCGGGUGGGGUAGGAGAUAUGGGGACACCGCCGCUCAGGGCUAAGUUUUAGGGUUCCACUUGCAGCCCCAAAGAGCUGCACCCUUCAUGAACCUGCCUCGGUGCUGUCCCUUCUUUAAGGGCUGGCAGCCGGCGCUUCCACCCACAGCGGCUCCCUUGGAUAUCUUGUGUGGAGAAGGAGAGAAAAUUUAUAGCAGCAAUUAUUUUAUCACAGUCUGGUGAGCAAGCAAUUAGCAGGCAGGGACGUAGCCGAGCGUGCCGCGCAGCAGGGUCGUGCAGCCCCGACUCCCUCAGAGCGCCGGCCCCGGUCCCACAGACAAUACUGGCUCCCGUUCAGGAAAAUUAAUAUGUCAGCAUUGAAGCUGCUGCUCCUCCGUGGGCAAAUUGCUCUGAAAUAAAUUAUAGGGUGGUUUGGAAAAGGAAGGGCUCGGCACAGCUGGGACCCUGCCGCAACGUAGGGACCCCCAGCUCCGCUGCGCCCUCGCCC